AUGAUAAGAAAAUAAUUUAACCCAAACAGUUGUAAUUAAGGUGGCAAAUAACAAAUUGAAACUUUACAAGAGAAGCAUCUAAUUGCUCUAAUUAAUACUAGACCUAGAGUUGUAAUAAAAGCACCUCAUCCUCAUGUUGAUGCAAACAAACCUUUCUCCAUCAGUUUUAAUUAUUUUAAUGUCUAUCCUAGAAGAGAAGCAAGAUUUUACAGAAAUAAAUGAAACCUAUCGUAGGGUCCAAGCAUUGAAGUCAGGGUAUUCUGAUUCUAAAAUGCCAAAGACAUUUAAAAUGAAAGAAGCAUUAAAGAGAAAAAAUAAAGUAUCCCAAUUUAUUCAAGAAUAAGUAUAAGAAUUUAAUAACAUAAGAAUCAUUUGAACAACAUCAGAGCGUUAGAAAAUAAUAUUUAAGAGAUUACCACAAGAACUCAAAAAAAUAUAUAAAGAAUCAAAUCUAACUCACGUAUGCAUAGUGUGGCAUCAUCCAUUAAAGAAAACUCGAGAAUCAGCAAAAGAGAAUGGGAAGAAAAAUCAUCUCAUCCUUUGGAAUUUGAAUGGAAGUAUAUUUUCUCUUGAGUUAUUUUGAGCGAAAAAAAGACCAGAUUCAGCUUUUAGUAAAUCAAAAUAAAGUAAAGGGGAUACACUUUUAUCUAAUGUUUUUUCAUUUGAUCAAAGUCUUUUAAAAUACUAAACUGCCUCAAAAAGAAAUUAACAAGAUGCUCCUUUCGAUCAUGCAGAUAUUCCAUUAACUGAAGAUAUUUAAGAUGAAGAUUUUUUUAUUUAUACUGAAACAUAAAAACUUCCAAAUGAAAAUCAAGUCUAAUCACCACAUUCUGCUAUUAUAGAUAAGAAAACUAAAUCAACAACAAAUGUAGUAAUUCCAUUGGUGAGACCCAAUGAAAAGAUGAAUGAUAUUAAACGCAAAAUAUAUCAAACCUUAAUGGAGUAUAAAGUAUGUUUUGAUAUUAUUUCUAUUAUUCUAUUAGUUAUUUUAAAGAGAUUAAGUUUACUAAAUUGGAUUGGCAUAUAUCAAUAAAAAUUAAUGGCUUGAUGAAAAUGAAAUUCUUUAAGAGUGCAAUAGAAUAUCAAAACAGUUAUAUGGAGUUGAAUGA